AUGUCGUUCGCCGAAAAUGCGACUGCAAUGGUUCCGAAAGGACCAGAAACCUAUUCCGAUCACAAGCUCAUAUGGAAUAUAGCCACGGCCAUUAUAUGUGUGGAAUUUGUCUGUGCGUUCGUCCUAAAUGCCAUUGUAAUCGGUCUGUUGAAAAGAAACAAGAAACGAAACCGGAUGUCAUUCUUUGUUCUUCACUUAGCCAUUUCCGACUUUCUUAUGGCUGUUUUCUACAUUUUCCCCGUUGUGAUAGACAGGCUCCUGGAUGUCUGGCUGGCUGGUCUGUUUAUGUGUAAACUCAUCAAGUACCUGAGUUUGGUCGUGUGUUUCGCCUCGACUUAUAUGUUAGUUGUUUUAAGUGUUGAUAGACUAUAUGCCAUCGCUCGGCCACUGUCCGCCACCAGGAGGGGGAUAGUCUACAAGUGGACACUGGUCAUCUUUGCCUGGGUUAUUGCUGCCUUACUAGGUGUCUACGACCUGGUGUUCGCUGGGAUAUUGACAGGAAUUCCUACCCCUGAACAUGAUACACCGUUCUGUGAAAUCACUUACCCGGAUCAUUUGAGGAAGCUCCUGAUCCUAUUGUUUGCCUGCACGAACAUGUUCGUACCAGCAUUGGUCAUUUUAGCCUGCUACACUGCUAUCGUUGCCAUCCUAUGGCGGAGAGGAAGAAAGGGAAUUCCUUUGACAAAACGUCAUACAAAAGCUGAUGCCGACUCCUACACCACCGACUCGAGACUUAAAACCGAUUCCGGAAUCAUCCACAGGGCCAAGAUCAAAACUAUUAAGAUUACAUUUGUUGUGGUUUCUGGUAUGGUAUACUGUGCUGUUGGCUGUUUUAAUUGUAGUGCGUUUUGCCUGUAUAGCUUGAAAUUAAAUGUGUUUACCUUAUUUUACUGUAUUAUAAAGUAUUUGUCUGUUACAGUGUUUAUCGCGUGUUGGGGACCCUUCACUUUCUACUCUAUACUUCUCCUGUAUCAACUGGUGCCGCUGAACGAGUCUUUCUUCAUUCUUAUGUCACUUGCCCCAAUGAACAGCGUGGCCAACCCAGUAGUUUUCCUCCUGUUCAACUAUAAGACACUCUGCGAGAGGAAACGGAAACACAGACAGGAUUAUAACGGAACCACGACCACCACCAAGACCACAUUUACCACUUAUAUCCACAAAGACUCGGAAUGGUCAAAACAUUAUCCAAUGGCUCGUGUGAAUUAGAAUGAUUAUGAUAUGUGACUGGGUAAAUUUUGUUUCAAUUUCGUGUGUACACAGGAAUGGAAAAUUUAUGGUCUCUGAUUGGUCAAAAAGGUAUCCAAUAUCAAAUUUGUGUUUGAAACAUUAUCCAGCAGAAACGAUAACUAAUACCGGGUCUAUUUGAAAGACAGUGAGGGCUCAGGUUAUAUAUAGUGUGUAUCAAAACGAAAGUAAUGAAGUUGGCAUACAAUCAGAAAUGACCGAAGAAUGAGGAGUCGUGAAAUGAAUUGUAUUUUUAUUUCUGUUGUGUAUAUUUCACAAAAGGUCACUAUUUCUGCAAAGAGAACAGGAUCAACGAUUGUCUUAUCAGAUUGAAACUAUAAUAUCUAUGAUUGAGAGUUUGUUUAAUAAUGGACUUGGAAUCUUAUUCAUGUUCAAGUAAUGAUUAAAGUUACACGAAUGGGCUACAAGGAGUUGCAGAUGAUAUAUAAAUUAGUGUCUGGUGUCGGAUUGGAAUCAUUACGCCUAAU